AUGUCGACAUUACUUUCAGCCGGCAAAUUGCCACCAAAUCGUCACGAUGACCUUGACAAUUAUGAUUUAUCAGAUGAUCCAUUUGCAACACCAAGCCCCCCUCCAUCCUCAGCGAAGAAGCGAAAAGAGCCACCAUCACAAGGGCUCGGUAUCGACGAGGAGGUUUCAGUUCAAAAGCGCCCAAGAGUACCAGCUGUGAAGCUCGACGAGGAAAGAUUAUUAGGUCCAGCCGGCCUCCCCAAACUGCGCCAACGAGCACGAGACCUGAAAAUCAAAGGCAAGGGCCACGAAUUCUCCGACGCCGCUCGCCUCUUAUCAUUCUACCAGAUGUGGUUGGAUGAUUUAUUCCCCAAAGCCAAGUUCCUCGAUGCAUUAGCCAUGGUCGAGAAGGCAGGACAUAAGAAACGAGUCAUGGCGGCGAGAUCAGAGAUGAUUAACGAGGCGAAACCCAAGGAUACAAUUGAAGAAGAUGAUUUUGGUUUAAAUGCUGACGGUGCUGCUGAAUCUGGAGAGAAUGUGCACAAUACCACUACUCAGUCAAGACCAAGGACCCCUACGCAAGACGACGUGCCCGACGAUGAGGAUUUGUAUGGAGCGACGCCAAGGAACGUCCGGAGUCAGAACGCGCCGGAUGAUGAAGACGAUUUGGAUGCGCUUAUUGCCGAGGCAGAGGGGCAGGACAGCAAGCCCAUACCUCGGAGGGUGGAGGAUGAUGAGGAGGAUGAGGAUUUGGAUGCUUUGAUUGCUGAAGCAGAGAGCAACGACCAGCCCAAGGUGAUACUUAAAGUGGUAAAUGGAAAUGCAACAAAUGAAGACUUUGCAGAUGAGGAGGCUGCUAUGCAGGAAAUGGAUGGCCUGUGGUAA